AUGCUGAGUCAGCAAAAGUGGCGCCAAGUCCAGGCUUUGCGCAAACUCCACGACGGGCACUCAGCUACGAAUGUACGCCAGCUUGGUCUGGAGCGUCUAGACGACAAGAAGAUAGAUGUGAUGUCGCUCUAUCAUGAAGCAAGCACUAUUCUGACAAACGAGAAUAGACAAGGUGGAUCACUCAAAUCUCGCGUCUUUGGCAGCCGGAAUUUGAAGAACCCUCCCGCCAAAGUUUAUGCGCUCUUGGUACAAUCGCUGAAAUGGUCCCCAAUACUGAAGGAUGUAAUCGAUCGCAGCCAGAUUCUAAGCCAUGAGAGAAAGCUUUCUCCGGCUUUAGCUGUACUCCUGGUGCACGACCUUCUCGUCUCGAGUAGUGGCAUUGCCGCGCCACGAAAUCACCCCCUUCGUGUAGCAAUUGAGAGACAUAAGGUCCGGCUAUCAGCAGAAUUCACAAGAUGCCGGAUUCGACAUGGGUUUGGGACAAUAGAAGCAUUUCGGAAACACGUUGAAAGCCAAAUUCAUGGCGCUAACCAACCCGUGACCGGCUCAUAUCCUCAUCCUAGAUGGGUUCGUGUGAAUUCGCUCCGCACAACGCUUGAGACUCAACUUGGGACGGCUUUCCAUGGCUAUCGACGUGUUGAAACUCUUUCCGAGAUUCAACAAGCAUCACCACGCGAGAAAGUACUCUAUGUCGAUCACACCGUCCCGGACUUAUUAGCACUGGCUCCGGGACAUGAUAUGACGCAGAUUGAAUCAUAUCGGAAAGGAGAGCUCAUUAUCCAGGACAAGGCGUCCUGCUUUCCUGCGUACCUUUUGAACCCUGCAACAUGCAACGGCGAUAUUAUCGAUACGUGUGCCGCCCCAGGAAAUAAAACUACGCACUUGGCAGCGCUGCUAUAUCAAACCGCUGGCCGUGGUAACGCUCGCAAAAUUUUUGCAUUUGAGCGCAACUCUCAACGCAGUCGGGUGUUGCAGACGAUGGUUGCUCGAGCAGGUGGCGACAAGUUAAUCACAGUUUUUGGCAGCAAGGAUUUCUUAAGCGUGGACUUGGAUGAUCCGGGAUUGAAAGACGUAGGUUCUCUGCUACUCGACCCGAGCUGUUCUGGCACGGGCAUUGUAGGUCGAGAUGAUGAACCAACGAUGCAUCUACCCACUUCGUGCAAGAACUCAAAUGUCAGGAAGACAGCCAAGAACCGAAAGGAUGCUCUUGCUACUCCCAACUCACUUUCAGUACAUAUCGAUGAUGAUGACGUUGGUGAUGAUGCUGAGGAAAGCGAACUGGUCACGGAUGAUGUAUCUCUUAAAGAAAGACUCCGCGCACUGUCGGCGUUCCAACUACAGCUCGUCUUACGAGCAAUGCAAUUUCCUCGGGCCUCACGUAUCACCUAUUCGACAUGCAGUAUACAUUCUGAAGAAAAUGAGCUGGUUGUUUUGAGAGCUCUUACGUCGACGAUUGCAGUGGAGCGGGGAUGGCAAAUUAUGCGGCGCGAUGAACAGCCUGCUGGUCUACGAGAAUGGCAUGUCAGAGGAGAUGUGGACUCUUGUCUUGGCUUUGAUUCGGGCCUGUCAAAAACAGCUGCAGCCGAGAUAGCAGAUGCUUGUAUCCGGUGCGAGAAAGGAACCAAGGAUGGGACAAUGGGAUUCUUCGUUGCCGGAUUUGUGCGCUGCCGAGGGAGUAUCACUUCAGGAGAACAAAGGGGAGUGAAUCCGACGGAAGCCGAUCGUCAACAUGAUUGCGAAGAGUGGACAGGUUUCAGCGAUGCAGAAAACUGAGCAGGACUAAUAACAUCAUUCCGGUCGACAUUCUAGAUAACGGAAUCUAACACGACAAAAAAAUGAAUCCUCUUUCUCCCUCACACGCAAACAAUUCGACAGAACGAAUGGGGAUGCACAGUUGUGCCGUAGGACCGCAUGUCGCCGGGUUGUGAUCUUCUCCCUCUUCCCCGCUCCGCAAUUCUUUGUCCGCAUGAUGCCGCGCAACGCUCGUCUAGACUGGAUCAGCUUUAGUCUUUGAGCGGAUCUUCCGACGAUGCUGCUUGAAUCAUGCCCAAGAGGUGAUCGAUCUCGCCUAAUGGCUCCGAGGACACUAUUCCCGUUCCAGAGGCCGAAAGAGUCUAGGCAGACGGACUGAGCACGAGGACGCAGGCCUGAAACCAUCUGAGCGAUGAUAAAUCUCCUUCUCUGUCGAUACGGAAUACAGCUGCACAAAGCCACCUUUUGUCAGCAACGGAUUCUCAAAAAACGGACGUAGCGUUCAAAACGUGGCAUUGGAAAUGUCAUGGCGGCUUUCACAGUGUGAAAUCAAAACAGCAUGCACUGGGAGCAAAGUCCACUUGAUAUUGCAAUCUCUUAGCGUGCCCUAUAGACGUAACACAAGGCGCUCAAGGCGCACGGUGCGAUCAAACGAUUCUGGGGCAGUAAAAGAAUGCGUACGUAUCAGCGGCGCGAGGCUGAAGAACCUGAAGACUUUAUCUGCACGUAUAAUUGAUCUCGGCUGUAUGUUUGUGGAAAGGGAAGAAAAAAAAGAAAAUAUAAAUAUAAAUAUAAAAGUCAAAGCAAUUGUGCGGAACCAGAGGUUCGUAGAAUCCGCACUGUUCAGACAGGUUCGGUCUGAACCAUAAAAAAAACCACAAGCGUGGUUGGUCAAAGUGUACAUUUACCGAAUGUAAUUAGGCCGUAGGUUUUUAUCCAAAUUUAAGAGGACAACAGUACGUAA